CACUUGUUGAGCAUUUACCAGUCUACGAGUCAUACCUAGCCCGAGAUGACCAUACCUCAAAGGAUCUAAUUCGUUUUUCAUCAUUGUGCAGUAUAGGCCUACUACGCUAACUUCUGUUUCAACUUCAAUUCUCACUUUUUUAAAGAAACAGAUCUUAACUGUACUUUAAACUGCGUAGCUCUAGCCUACCUCUUGGUUUCUUUGGGUGGAGUUGACCUGAACAACAGAUCAAGGACGAUAUGGAAAAAUACAUCUUGAGAAAGACACUCAAUAUGGAGUCAGGAGCAAAGGGACAGUGGUCAACAAACAUGGGAGAGAAUAAUCCAGAAGAAAAGCUGAGACUGAUCCUGAUUGGAAACACGGGAUCUGGGAAGAGCGCCUCAGGGAACACCAUCCUGGGCCGGAAACACUUCCUGUCUGAGUUUAGCGGAAGCUCUGUUACCAAGGUCUGCCUACUGGGGACCUCUGACUACCCUGUAGAGGUGGAGGCGGGGAGCAGGAGGAAGAAGGUGUUGGUGUUGGACGUGCCAGGUUUUGGAGACACACACCUGUCCAAGAUGCAGAUCUUCAUGGAGAUCAGUCGAUGCGUGGCCCUGACGGCCCCCGGCCCACACGCCUUCCUCUUGGUGAUCCCGCUGGGACGCUUCACAGAGGAGGUGGAAAAGGCCGUCUCUCUGAUGGCUGCUGCAUUUGGAGAAAAGGCGGUCCAAAACCACACGGUGGUGCUGUUCACCAGGGGAGAUGACCUGGAGGAGCCGAUAGAGCAGUUCCUGAGCAAAGCACCUCCGAGCCUCAAGGCUUUGAUUGACAGGUGUGGAGGCAGGUACCACGUUCUCAACAACCGGGCGCCCAAAGAUGUGCAGCAAGUUCAUGAGCUGCUGAGAAAGGUGGAGCAGGUUGUUGAGGGAAACGGUGGAGGGUGUUACACCAACGCCAUGUACCGGGAGGCAGAGGCAUUAAUCAGGAAGGAGGAGGACAGGGUUAGGAGGGAGGAGGAGGAUAGGGUAAGGAUGGAGGAGGAAAAGAGGGUUAGGGGGGAGGAGGAGGACCGGGCAAGG